UAUAGCUGGAGCGAGAAGUGACAUCAUGCGGAAACAGGACGCACCUUAAUUUAGUACAGUUGUGUUGAAGGGAGGAGGAAAACACGUUGCUUUUCAACACGCACUUAAAUGAGCAGCGUGGGGGGGGCGGAAGGACAAAUGCAAGAUCUCCUGACAAGAUGGCCAACUUCUUGUGUGUGCAGUUUGUGGCCAUUUGUCGAGAAGAAGUCUUUUUUGAAGGUAUGGUGGCAAAAUGCAGUUAAAAAUCCAGAUUAUGAGGCAGAUGUCUACAAAAAAGGAAAAUGUAUCACUAAAAUGAUACAAAAUGGACAGAGUCAGUUCCUGGUAUUGGAUAGAGACUAUGAUCAAUUGCAACUGGGCUUUCAUGAUAUUACUAUGGAGCAGUUUACAAAUGCCAACUGUAAAUUCAAGAUUCAGCUCCUUAGAAGCUCAGAUGAAGAACCCAUGAAAGGACAGCCAGUUGUCCUACAGGUGGACUUUGAGGGCAAGACCUGGACCUUAUGCUGCUCUGAUGACGGCGGAGUGAAUGCUAAGAUAGAGGACCUCCCAGACCCAAUUUGCUCCAGCAAGCAUAGAGCGGUGUUCUUCCUGAGGCAGAUCGAGGGUCAGUUGUACAGGUACAGAUUUGAAUCAUCCUUGUUGGACAAUAUGUUCCUGAGCUUUGAGCAUGAUCCAGAAGGCCUUGUCAAACUGGUCCUGAAAAUAAAUAAUGAUGAGGAUGACACACAGAAAUUGCAGAUGCAGAAGGAUUUCUGGCAUAAAUAGUACGGACCUGUAGAGCUGUUGUUGUUUCACAAAUACACGGGACCAAUUGGAAGGGGUUGGAGGAAUGCGUGUGAAAUGAAUGUCCCAGGAGAUUUAAUUCCACACUGAAUUAAAGUGUCAUAUUGCUGUUACUUUGAACAAGAAAUGUACAUAAAUGUUAGUAUGAAUCAAUGGCUUGUCUAAAAACAGGCAUUGGAAACUGUCUUUCAAGUAAAAGUUAAGGAUUAGACCCUCUUACACAAAAACUUAAAGGCAUAUGUCAAAAGCAGUACUGAAUCACAUAAUUCAGUUAUGAGAUUUUACUUUAAUUUAGUAGAUACUUUAUGGGGAAUGUCAUGUAUUGAGGGUAAUGGCCAUUUUCUGCAGCACUCAACUUCCUUUUCUGGGUCAUCUUUUGUUUUAACAUGUUCUUGAUUUUAAUGUAAAUGUAAAGGCAUUUUUAAUCAAUAUCAAAAUCAAACCUUAAAUAUGACCCUUUUAGGCUCUUUCCAUAAGUCAUUAUGAGCAGCUAUAAAAUGCUGAGAAUGUAAAGGUUUGAGCAGUGUCUUGAGACUGGGAUGUUUUUAUGGAACAUGUCAUUUGAAGAAUAAUAGGAUUAAUAAAAUACCAUAGUUUAGUCUUAUUGUAAAUUAUUAUAUCUGCACCAUGUGACUCUCUUAAAUUACUAUGAGGAAGCUCAGGGGGAUCACUUCUUCAAAGCCUGCAACCAUGAAACCAGCUGUGUUGCAGAUUCUUGCUGUGUUAAGAUAAAGAAUAUGCACAACUUUAGUUAACCAGAGGGACAUUGCCAGUUCUGCAUCAUUUUCCCAUCCAUCUUUUUUGUUAUCGAUACCUACCACAGUUUUUAGUGUAUGAUUUUCUGGUUAUUGCAGGCAAUUGCAUUUUAGAAGGGUUACAUUGAAAAAUCUUUCCUGUAAUGCAGAAAUUGAGUACUUCUGAUUAAUAGUUUUAAUCAGAAGGUAGUAUUUGUAAUUGUGUGGUAAUUCUAAUUAACUGUACCUACUUACAAUUUGCCUGAGCACAUGCAAGCUGUGUCAGCACAUAAUGAGACUACAUGCAUAACUAAAUCAUCUUAUCAGUACCAUAUUGAUCACUUUACAUAUUCAAGUAUAACCUCCUACCUGUCUUGUUCCUACCUUUUCAUUUUAUUUGGAAAAACUUCUUUGCUGUCUUUGAAUUGUUCAUAUACUUUGAUUUUCCUGCAAUUAAGAUAUCCAAUUUCCUAAAAUUCACAAUUGUUGAGUGUCACUUAUUCAUGUAAAUGUGAUUGGUAGCACAUGAAAUAUAAAGGAGGUUGUAUUCAGCAUUAUUGCUUUGAGGCAUUUUAUACAAUAAGGCAAUUUUC